GCUCACGCUGGCACACAUGACUGUUUCAGCUACAUCCAAACAUUAGCUGUUAGCCGACAGGAUCCAGACCCGGUCCAGGUGAACCAUGAGCCGCAGGAGGACCCAGAGUCUGUCUCCAGACCUCCACCCGGCCUUCCUGGAGCCUCCCGGGGCCUCCUGCCGGACUGACGGGGACUUCCUGGAUGUGGAGCCCGACGAGGAGCUGCUGUGCUCGGUCAGCGACAUCACGGAGCACCUGGGCCGGAACAUCACGGUGGUCCUGGACACGGCUCUGUCCGAGAUCCGCAAGAUGGUCAGCAUCCGGAUCCGGGUCCUGAAGAUGGAGCUGCGGGAGAAGACCGAGGAGAUCCAGGUGUUAAAGGCCAGACUGGACUCGGUUCAGAGGGACCCAUUCUCCGGAGGGACCACCCUGGACCCGUCGGCAGAAGCUGGCCUAAAGAAGCUGGACCCGAACAAACCCGGCAACGCGGACCCCCGCAGGAUCCGGUCCGUUCUGCCCGGGGUGAAGAAGGAGAACAUCGAUGCCAUCUGCGAUUACCUGAUGAAGGACAAGAACUCCAGAGGGGGUCAGGACCAAGACCAGGACCAGAAUUGUGACAGGGAGGCCCGGCAGGACCCGGAUCCACAGUCCCUCCACCUGUGGCCGGACAGCGGGUUGGCUGGACCCGGUUCGGGUCCUGGAGACUCAGAGUCCACCGCAGAAGACCUGUUCAGUAUGCUCCCGUCCGGCAGUAAGAGGAUCUACGACUACGACUGGAUCCCCCCCAUGGAGUUCUCCUCGGACCUGAAAGUGAUGAAGGAGUCCGACUGUGAGAACCCUGUCACUGAAGAGGAAGACGAUGAGGAUGAGGAAGAGUCAUCGAGGACGGAUGGGGGAGGACUGGAUCCGGACCAGGACCCCCUCUCUCAGGUCCAACCGGCAGAGUUCUCCAUGGAGGAGCACAGCUCUCCUGGGGGGUCAGGGAGUCCUGAGGAGGGGGGUGCAGAGCGUCCUGCAGGAGGCCCACAGCUCCCUACCCACACCUUCAUCUGCUCUCUGUGUGGAACCUUCUGUCCUGACUCUGCGUUCCUGGAGGAGCACAUUAAAUUAAUACACUUAGACUCUGCUGAUGCUCUACAGGCCCUGCAGUCCACCUGCCCUGCCGCCCCGCCCAUCACAGACAGCGGUAGUGAGUCCAGGAGAAGUCGAGGGGGACAGGAUGAGGCUGAAGGAGGGGCAGGGCCUGUGAGGAGGGAGGUGAAGAUGGAGGGUGGGUACGAGUGCGGGGACUGUGGGCGGCAUUUUAACUACCUGGGGAACCUGCGGCAGCACCAGCGGAUCCACACCGGGGAGAAACCGUUCAUGUGUCCUGAGUGUGGCGAGCGCUUCAGACACGCUGCACGCCUCAAGAGCCACCGCCUGAUACACAGUGGCGCCCAGAGCCCGUUUCCUUGUCCGCAGUGUGGGAAGGGCUUCUCUGUACUGUCCGGACUGAAGAGACACCAGCGUGUCCACACGGGGGAGAGUCCUUACGCCUGCCCCCAGUGUGGACGCCGCUUCAAGGAGCUGGGAAACCUGUACACCCACCAGAGGAUCCACAGUGGGGCCACACCCUACAGCUGCCACACCUGUGGACGCAGCUUCAGACACCUGGGGACUUACAAGAGCCACCGCUGCACCCCCACCCAGUGACCCUCUGACCCCCAAUCAGUGAAUCUCUGACCCCCACCCAGUGACCCUAAACCAGUGACCCUUUUACCUUGAACCAGUGAUCCUCUGACCUUUUAAACCAGUGACCCUAAACCAGUGACCCUCUUACCUUGAACCAGUGAUCCUCUGACCUUAAACCAGUGAUGCUAAACCAGUGACCCUCUGACCCUAAAGCAGUGACCUUAAACCAGUGUCCCUCUGACCUUAAACCAGGGAACCUCUGACCUUAAACCAGUGACCCUCUGAACCCUAAUCAGUGACCAUAUGACCCUAAACCAUUGCCCUAAACCAGUGACCCUCUGACCUUAGACCAGUGACCCUCUGACCUUAAACUAGUGACCCUCUGACACCCAACAACGUCAACCCAUGCAUCCCACACCAAUGACUUACCCCAAAAAGGGACCAUCCUAACCUACAGACUGUUGAGCCAAAAGCUGGUACAGGGUCUUUAAAGUCAGGGUCUGGGUGCUGGUUCUACAGAUGGACCAGGCUGCAGUCUGAGGACCUUUUACUCCUGCAGCGUUGAGCUAUGUAUUUAUCCUUGAAAGCCUUUUUAUCCUCCUUCUUCUCCUCCUCCUCCUCCUCCUCCUCCUCCUCGUCUUCAGGUUCUAUGAUCAUGGAGCUGCAGAAGAACCCCUCUCAGAGGAUCUUCAUGUCUUCUUGUCCUCUGGGUUGAAAGUUGCUCCUGGAAGUAGAGCCGUCCUCGUUUGGACUCCAGAGUCAGAAAUAAGAACUUUAUCUUUUAAGCACAUUGUCUAAAUGUUUACAAAGUGCUUAAUGUGCAAAGAGGGAAACAGAUGGUGUCAGUUUGCAGAUGUAAACACUGAACAAAGUAAACAUGAGAUAAAACCAGUUAAAUAAAGAUUCAAUAUUUUAACGAGGAAUGAAAAGCAGCUGUGUUGACGUGUGUUUUGAGGGUUAACAGGAACGCCAACGUCUUUCUGCAUCUGCAGAGAGAGCAAGAAUAACAAACUGCUCUUACUGAUGACCAACACCUUCCAAAACAUGGACUAACACUCCCAUGAUCCCACGCUGCAUCAAACCAAUCCCUCUCUAUGUGGAGACAGAUGUGUUAAAAGGCAGACUCUAUACUGAUCCUCCAUGGGAUAAUGGACACAGCGCCCUCAUGUGGACAGACUGUGUAACUCCAUCAGUCACUAUGCUGCCUGCUGCUCCAGAACAUGUAAGCCUGGGUUUGUCUCUAACGUGUGAUCUGAUUGUGUGAUCUGAUCGUGUGAUCAGAUUGUUUGAUCUGAUCAUGUGAUCUGAUCUCACUGAUGUAUGUUGUUAUUUUAUACAUUUGCCUGUUUGAAGACUAAAGAGAAGAAAACUA